UCUGAAAUUGACAAUUUAAUAUUUAUGUAAAUGGAAAAUUAACUUUUCGUGGGUUGUGGUGGGGUUAAAAUAUAUAAUAAACACAUGAGUAUAUUAUGAAAUAAACUUUUAAAGCUAAGUGGGUAUAUAUCCCACUCGCAGUACCAAUAAUAGUGGAUAAAUUAAAUAAUCUGCAUUGAAUAACCUGCAAAACAACCGUCAACCAUGUUUAAAAUUUAUCCUAAUGUUACACGAUCCCUAGUAAAAGCUUGCAUUAUAAAAAGACCUGCAUCGCAUAAUGCUGCUAAAGAGAAUGGUCUAAACUACUGUGCCAAUAUUGUAAGAUAGACAGCAUGAUUACGAGAACUAUUUGGCAACUCUACUUAUGACCAAAGCAAUUCGAUCACCAGCAUUGGUAGUUAGAGCAUUCAAUGCAGAAAUUGCUCGAAUCCAAGAUCAAACGUCAGAUCCUCAGAUUGCAUCUAUGAGAUUACAAUUUUGGCUUGAUGCUCUCGGUACAAUAUACAAAAAGAAUGAAGACUUGUCUGGUAUACCAGCAAACCCUGUUGCUCAAGAAUUGUUUAAAGUGUGUAAAAGUUAUAAGCUACCACAAAUGUAUUUAGAAAGAUUGAUAUCAUCUAGGAGUAGUUUACUGAAAAUUAAAUACUUUCGCACUGUUGAGGAUAUAGAAAAACACUCAGAAAACUCUGUUUCAUCAGUCUACUACCUUCUUCUUAGUAUAGCUGGAAUAACCAAUGUACAUGCAGACCAUGCUGCAUCACAUUUAGGUAAAGCUCAGGGGAUAGCAAACAUAUUGAGAUCUAUUCAUGUAUCCAAUCACCAAAAGGUUGUUUCUUUACCAAUGGAUAUUUUAAUGAAAUACAAAAUAAGCCAAGAAUCAAUAUUGAGGGGCAUAGAUAAUGAAGAUAUGAGGAAUGUUGUUUUUGAAGUUGCAAGUAGAGCAAAUAACCAUUUACAAAAAGCCAGAGCUAUUAAAGUACCAAAAAUAGUCCACCAAAUACUUUUACCAGCAACUGCAGUAGAAAAUUAUCUUAAGAAGCUCCAGAAAAUUAAUUUUAAUAUUUAUGAUUUAUCCUUGCAAAAGAGAAACCCAACAUUACCUUUUCAUUUAUAUUAUAAAAGGCUUUUAAACAAAUAUUAAUGUCAAUGUUAUAUUUCUAUAUGAUACGGUUAAUGAAUUGUUUUAUGUUUAUAUAAAUUGUUGAAGUAAACAGCAACAUAUUAUCCAAUCAUUGUGUAAAGAAGAACACAAAAAAAUAUUGU